AUUAUUAUCAAGUUUUUCACAUAAUUUAACAUCUCAAUCAAGUUUAGAUGAAAUCCGUCAAACCUAUGAAAAAUUAACAGUAUCAUUACGUAAACAAGCUCGUGAAAAAUUAAAACGUUUAUGGGAUCAAUUAGAUGUACCAAAUGAUCAACGUAUUAUACCAAAAACACAAGAUAAUGAAGAUGAUUAUUUAGCUAUGAAUGAUGAAAUAAAUCAACUUGAAAUUUAUGUUGAAUCGAUUCGACCACUUCUAGUAAAAAUUCAAAAACGAGAAUGGUAUAAAAAAGAAAUGGUUGAAUUUGAAAAACGUGCAGCUGAUCCAGCUAGACUACGUGGAAAUUCAACACAAUUACUUAAAGAAGAACGAUUUCGUAAAGAUCUUUCACGUGAAUUUCCAAAAUUAACCGAUGAUUUACGUCGUAUGGUAGCUGAAUGGGAAGAAUCAACUGGAAAAACAUUAAUUUAUGGUGGUGAAUCUUAUUUAGAAACAAUGAACAAAGAAAAAUUAAGUGUAGAUUUUGAAUUAUUACAUUUACGUUUACUUACAAAAUGUCAUAUUGUUGUACAAGGAACAACGGAUGAUACAGUAUCAAUUGCAAGUAGUAUUCAAUCAACAUCUUCAUCACGCUCAACACCUCGACCAUCUUCACCAAUAUCUCCUCCUCCACCUUCACCUUCACCUUCACCAAUACCUUCUUCACCUUCACCAAUACCUCCUCCAUCACCAUCAACACCUAAAGCAACAACAAGUCGAAUACCAACAAUGAGCUUUAUAAACAGUAAUAGAAAAAUAAAUAAACCAACAUAA